AUGACGACGAACGCUGCAUCCAACGCCGUGGACAUGGCCAUGUCCAACGAGCCCGCCAAGGCUGCUAUGCCUCUGUACGAGGUCGAUGAGAAGCGUGCCCUCUCGGAUGAACGCACGCCAUCGACUCUCAGCCAUCAGCCCCAUGACCCCGAUGUCUUUGAUGCAGACUUGGAAGGCGAGGAACCCACGGAGGAAGACUUGAAGACACUCCGUCGUGUAUCCGGAAAGAUUCCAUGGACUGCCUUCACCAUUGCGUUCGUCGAGCUUUGCGAGCGUUUCGGAUACUACGGUUGCCAGGUGUUGUACACCAACUUCAUUCAACAGGACCUUCCUGUGAUCGAUGGCGUCGUACAAUCCACUGGUCGCGAUCCACGUGAAGAGGGUCAACCAGGUGCGCUUGGCAUGGGUCAGCGUGCUUCCUUCGGUAUCGGACAGUUCAACUCUUUCUGGGCGUACACCACUCCCAUUAUCGGUGCCAUCAUCGCCGACGAAUACCUCGGUCGUUUCAACACCAUCUUCAUCGCCAUUGCCUUCUCUAUCUUGGGCCAUAUCUUGCUCAUCAUCUCCGCCAUUCCCCCUGUGCUCACUAGCGGCAAUGCAAUUGGACCUUUCAUCCUGGGUGUCAUCACCCUUGGUUUCGGAACUGGAGCAUUCAAGGCCAACAUCUCCCCACUGAUUGCUGAACAAUACCGCCAGACCAAGCCGCGUGUCAUCAAGGAUCCCAAGACUGGCGAGCGUGUCAUCUCUGACCCCAACAUCACACUCUCCCGUAUCUUCUUGUACUUCUACAUGUUCAUCAACAUUGGUUCCCUCACUGGACAACUGUCCAUGGUGUACGUCGAGAAGUAUGUUGGUUUCUGGUGCGCGUGGCUGCUACCCACCAUCAUGUUCUGCUUCUGCCCCGUCGUUCUUUGGACCUGCAGGAACAAGUACCACCGCACUCCCCCCACUGGUUCCGUCCUCAUCCGCGCAAUCAAGGUCCUGAAGCUUGCCACCAAGGGCAAGUGGUCUAUCAACCCCGUUACCACGCGCAAGAACUUCAAGAGCGAGCGUUUCUGGGAGGACGUCAAGCCCAGCCAUCUCGGUGCGAACAAGCCUGGUUGGAUGCAGUUCGACGACGCUUGGGUUGACCAGGUUGCUCGUGGUCUGCGUGCGUGCUCUUGCUUUACCUGGAUCCCGCUCUACUGGCUGUCAUACAACCAGAUGAACAACAACCUUACCUCGCAAGCUGCCACAAUGACACGUAACGGUGUCCCCAACGAUGUCAUCACCAACCUUAACCCCAUCUCUCUCGUCAUCUUCAUCCCUAUCGUAGACAACUUCCUCUACCCCGCUCUCCGCAAGGCAAACAUUCGCUUCACUCCCAUCAAGCGUAUCGCUUUCGGUUUCAUCCUUGCGUCUUUCGCCAUGGUCUCCGCUGCCGUUAUCCAGCACUACAUCUAUGCCGAGGGCCCCUGCGGAAAGUACAUGAACAGCUGCGACGACCCAGCCCCACUUAACGUCUGGACCCAAGCCGUUCCGUACGUUCUCGUCGGAUUCUCCGAGAUCUUCACAUCUAUUACUGGACUCGAGUUUGCCUUUACGAAAGCACCCAAGAACAUGCGUUCGCUGGUCACCUCUUACUGGCAUUUCAUGUCUGCCUUCUCCAACGCGCUUGGCCAGGCGUUCGUGUCGCUAUCCGAAGACCCAUUGUUGGUUUGGAACUACACGACUGUUGCCAUCUUGGCAUUCAUCGGUGGUAUCCUCUUCUGGUUCCACCAGCGCAAGACGGAUAAGCAGGAAGACAUCCUCAACAUGCUUCCGGACUCGAACUACAUUGGCAAGGACCGAAGACACAGUGUUGAGGAGGGUAUUGCUGGACACAACAUCGAGGCGCAUGUGCGCACUUAG